AUGAUUCUCAAAUGUCGACGUGAAACUGUCCUUCAAGGUCUACAUAGUAAUAUAUAGGUGCACUGCACUGCCUGUCGGAGUUCCGCCGCAACCUCAGGUUAGCCAGUGCUAACCAAGUCGGACAGAUAAAUGUAAUUUCAAACAGUCACAUAAAUUCGACUGAUAUCCGAUGUCCGAUCUCAAGCAUCCAUAGACAGGAGCGUUACACAUAUUAACUUCAGCACUCAAAAUGACCAACUUCUCCAUCAACAUCGUCUCCGAUCCCGUCUGCCCAUGGUGUUACAUAGGCCGCAAGCGCCUAGAACAAGCAAUAACGCUCUACAAAAAAGUCUACCCCAACGGACGCCAUGACGUCUUCACCGUGACCUGGGAAGCAUACUAUCUAGACGCCUCGGCGCCGUUACGAGGGAUAUCCUUCGAAGAGCGCCAGCUGCAGAAGCUGACCUCCGCGAACACCAGCGCAAGUCCCGAGGAAACAAGGGAGCUCGCAGCGCGCUUCAGGGAGCGGCUGACGAGCAUCGGGAGAGAAGUAGGCGUGGCGUUCAGUUUCCGCGGCAAGAUAGGCAACACUCGGUCCGCGCACCGGGCGAUCAACUACAGCAGGACAUGCAGCGGCGCCGUAGACGCGCAAGACCGCUUCGUGAUAGCUCUGUUUGCGGCGUAUUUUGAGGGCGAGGCCGAUAUCACAAGCCAUGAGGACAUAGCCGACGUUGCGGAAAGUGUACGGCUUGACCGUGCCGAGAUGCUGGCGUGGUUGGAUAGCGGAAAGGGCGGCGAGGAGGUUGACGAGCAGGAUCGUGCAGCGAGAGAUAUGGGACUUAAAGGGGUGCCACACUUUACGGUGCGAGGACGCAGGGUCGAUGGGGCCCAAGAAGUGCAGGAUUUCUUAGAGUUGUUUGUGAAGAUCAAGGAAGAGGAGCAGGAGCAGAUAACGAAAACUGAUGUUGGAAAGGCAGCAGGAUCGGAGAGCUCGAUAUAAAUGAGAAAGCCUCUUCGCAGAGUUAGCGUAUAGGAAUUCCAGCUUCUACCAGUAGAGGAUUGGCAUUGGACAUACCUAGCACGGGCACGUGAGUGAAGGUUGGAAAACAUGUUUAUUCGUUCAUAAUCAGUUUUAUUGCUAGAAUGUUAAAUCGCUCCAUCUCGUAUAUCA